UAUUGCUUUUCAAUAGAGAAGCGGUGUCUCACUUUUGUUGUAUGACAGACAAUACACCUUGAAGAAUCAAACACUUUAUGAUGGGAGGUCAUCAGUCAUCUUGUUCUUUGUUUUGCAAGCCGUCUUUCGAGCAAUAGCUCCUUCCGAUCUUCCUGCUUCAGCCUGGGCUGUUGUUCGGUGCCUCAUAUGACGGUAGCGAUACCUUGUUAAUGCUCAACAGACAUUUCCGCCUACUUCUUUUUGACAUGGCGAGUUUUAGGAGAGCUGUGUGUCUGCCAGGAAGUUCUGGGAGCAAUGGAGACAGUUAGCAAUCCCAUCUUUCCAUCUCCCAUGUGUUUCCUGGCCUGGUAGCGUCUAUUUAAUUUCCCCUGACCCUUCAGAUGUACCACCCCCAGCGUUGUCUCACAAUUAGUUUACAAUUCGACCCAAGUCUUAAGUCUCUUCUUUUUAAGCUUCGCAAGGCUCGGCAACAAAAACGAGUCGAAGAUGCGCCUCAUCCCUGUGUUGGGCUUCCUCCUUACGGCAGUCGAAGGGCUCCGCACAGGAAGGGGUAGUCCUCUCCUGCGUCCGGGCAUCUCGAAACACAUCAACAAGGUCGACAAAUCGACUGCUGCUGUGUUUCCUGACCCUCAAGACAAGCCGUUUCCCAAGCACAAUUUUCUGAACGCCAACAGCGCGAAAUUUGCCGUCAAUGGCACCGCCAUUCCCGAUCUCGACUUUGAUGUUGGCGAGUCCCGGGCUGCUCCUCUUUCGAGGGUCUUCUACAAGAACAUCGUCCCUUCCUUUGGCCACCAGGGACUCUAA